GUAUGUAGUGCGGCAUGGAUGCACGGUUGGUGAUAAUUCGAACUCGAUCAAAAACUCAAAGCCUAAAAAAAAUCACUAGUCCAACAAACAGAUAUUAGGCUGCGAUUAUUAAUAUAGAGGGUCCGAACAUAGAGAAUCAUCGAUUAUGACGUCAGACAUCAAUUCGGCAUCCACCACAUUGGAUGCCAUAAUAAAUGAAUUGAAAUUAACUUAUGAUAAUUCUGUCGGAUUAUUAGAUGGUGAUAAUGUAAGAACCAUACCGAAUAUUAAGAUCUUAUUAAAUUUGAGUAAAUUAUUUAGUGGGUUGAAAAAAGAAUUGGACGCAGUAGAAGUUACCGAUGAUUCAAUUUUAACGCGAAUCAAACAAAUUUUGAACAAGGGCGACCAUACCGAAGAUGCGGAGGAGGAACAACAAGAGGAAGGUGCGACCGAAGAAAAUGAUGAAGAAGAAAAUAAUGGUAGUGGUAAUGGUAAUGGUAAUGAUAAGAAGCGAGGAGUGGAAGAAAUAAGUGUAGAAGAAGAUGAUGAAGAAGAAGAUGGUGAUGAGACUGCAUUGAAUAAAAAGAGGAAAGUCAUAACCACCACUGAUGAUAAAGAUGAAGAAGAGUCCAAGGAGAAUUUAAAUACCAAAGAUGAUCCCGUACCUCCAGUUCAAUCAGGAUCCUUUACUCAUGAGAAUGAUACUAGAUUGAAAAAUCCUAAAUCAGAAUUUGUUACAUCUCAAACUCUUCCUGCUGAAGCAAUAGCCGAGCUUGGAUUAUGGUCAGAAGAUAAUCAUGGAUUAGAAACUCAUGGUAAAGAAUAUCUUAAACGUAAAUAUGGGGUAGCUUCAUAUCCUGAAAAUGAUUUACAAAGUUUAUUACCAGGACCUAUUCCAAAUAUAGAUUUUUCAAAGACUAAAGCUCCUAGUAAUCAAGUUCAAUUUACAACUUAUCAAUCAUAUAUAGAAUCAUACUUUAGACCAUUUCUGAAUGAAGAUAUUGAAUUUUUAAAUGAAAGAUAUAAUAUUCAACCUGGAAUGGAAAAGACUGAUUAUGAUCCAGAAGUUACUCCAUUCCUUAUACCUAAACUUGGAAGAUUUUAUGCAGAUGUUUGGGCUGAUGAAGAUGCUACAUUAAGUUCUAAAUUAAAUUCUCCUGCUUAUCAACAAGCUCCAAUAGAUUCAUAUAAGGCUAAAGGUACAGUUGAUAAUUUAAAUGAUGAUACAUUAUAUACUGAAGAUAUAAGUUGUGGACCAUUAUCAAGUAGACUUUUAUCUGCUAUAUUAAGUACAAGAGAAGCAAGUGGAGAUGAAGAUGGAGAAGAUAAUGGAGAUGGACGGAAUGGAUCUUUAAGUAAUGGGAAUGAUGAUGAAUCUAAUAAUAAUAAUGAUGAAGAAAAUCAUGAUAUUUCAAUUGCCACUCAAUUGGAUAGUGGAGAAGAUUAUAAAUUAACUGGAGAUAUUAAUGAUUUUAGUACUAUAGAAGAUAGAUUAAGAAGAGAAUUAAAAUAUAUUGGAAUUUUUAUGAAUUUACCAGUAUCAGAAGAUGAAACAAAAUUAAGUAUAAGACAAAAUGUUAUUGGUGGUAGAAUAAAAAAAUCAAGUUCCAGUAUUAUUGAUAAUGAUGAUUGGAUUAAGAAUAAAGAAGAUGAUGAAGUAUGUGCUGAAAUGAGACAAUUACAACGAGAAUUAAGAGAAGUAGUUAGUAGAAAUAAAGCCAAUAGAAAGAAAUUAAUUCCAAUUGUUGAAGAACAAAUUGCUUAUCAAGAAUAUUGUGCUAUAUUAGAAGAUUUAGAUAAACAAGUUGAUCAAGCAUAUAUGAAAAGACUUAAAGGUAAAAGUAAGAAAAAGAAGAUUGAUACUUCUACUCCACAACAGCAGGCUGCUAAUAAUGGAUUAAGAACUUUAUUAGAAAAGAGAAGAAGAUGGAUUGAUAAUAUUGGAAAACUUUUCAAGCCGGGAGAAAUUAUGAAAAGAGUUCCUCUGGAAUCUAUUUUAAUUAGAGAAGGUACAGUUGAACAAGAAAUUAAUGAUGAUGAUAAUGCUGAUAAUGUUUCCUCAGCCGUUGAUAUUAUUGAAAAGUAAACCUCAUCAUAAAAAAAAAAGAAAAGGUGUAUUAAAACUUAAUAAUAA